AGCGAAAGGGCAAAAAAGGAGGGAGGAACUCGAAUGGAGGCCGUCGGUGUUGAAGAAUCGAUACAAUCGACUGAGAAAGCUGCUUUAAAAAACUGCAAUAAGAAUAUGAAACGGUCUUCACAAUGACGUCUCGAAUCGUGAAAACCUACAGCCGCAAGGCGGGAGACGGGACGUCCAAGUUCGACGAGGUUCUGUCCAAUAAGCGUGCCACGCUUAGCACCAAAUGGGGAGAGACCACUUACAAAGCCCAGCUGGGUUCCAAAAGACCCGGCAUGAAGGCCGACCGACCGGACCGGACCAAGAAGCCUAAGAUGGCGGAGGACGACGGGUCAGAGGACCCGUUCGGUUUCGACAGCGACGACGAGUCAAAGCCAGUGUCGUCACGUAACUUGUCCAAGUCCCCGGCCAAGCUGGGCUCUGCAGAAGCCGGUCUGACCCUGGAGCCGAACAGCAGAGUGAACCAGCCUGCCAGCGUGGAGGCGGCGGCACCCAGCCGGCCCCUGCACCGCACCUCGUCCAUGCUGAGUGGGGAGAAGAGUGCCGUUCGGGUACCGGAGGACUCAGGGAAGUUCUUCAGCAGCUCCACAUCAGGCAAGACCCACAGCUGGUCCAGUGAAAACUCGGAACGUCACAGCUACUCGUGGUACAAAAAUGCUUCAGAGAGCGACCGCAAACCGCUCGCCCAGACCACCACCCUGAAGUCAGAAAAAUCCGAAGACAAGGAUUCGUUUGACGCAUGGGGUGCUAUUGUCGGACUGGGGUCUCGCUCCACGUCGCCUUUCUCAGCCUCUAGAGACCCACCCUCUAGCACAUGGACCUUUGGCAGCAGCCUCCUGACCAAACCCCUUGCCGAAACCCGUGUCAUCGAGGUUGGCCAGGGAGACCUGGAUCUUCCUAUGGAACCUUCAGAAUCAGAAGACCACUCACAGUCGCUGCUCAGGACCUCCAACUGCAGGACGUACUGCAGACCUAACAAAAGCAAGCCAUCUGCCUUUGGAGGCACAUCGAACAGCGACAGUGCGGGAUCGACGAAGACCGGUGACGGUGAAGGAAAGAGCCGGGGCAGGACGAGGGACUAUACGGUACUGCACCCGUCCAGUAUGUCUGCCUGCAACGUCACCAUUCAGGACUCCAUGGAGCGGGGAAUGGAGGAGUACACGCCAAACGCCCAGGCGGCCGAUCCGGGAGAGGCCGGGAGGCUAAGGAAGAAAGCUGAGCCCGAGACCAAACCUGCCAGGUCCAGAUCCACACAGAGCAAGACCAAAAAGGAGAGCAAGCUGGAUCUCUUUGGUUUUGACGACGGAGACGCUCCCUUUGCAGAAGGAGACCCCGUCUGUUCAGGCAGCUCCAACUACAAGAUCAAAUACUUCGGCUUUGACGAGCUGAGCGACAGUGACGGGGACGAGGACGAGGACGAGGACAGGCCGAGGAAGACCAAGAGGAUGGCCAACGUACCAGCUGAAGUUUCCAGAGUGGCUAAUGUAGACUUUUCUCGACCCAAACCAUCUCAGGAGAACAGCAGCACAGGUCAGAAACUCUGCCUCAAGGGAGAUCCUCUGGAGAUGCCUGAGGUAAACUCACGCACCACACCUGAGGUGACAAAGAGGCCUCAAGUCAAACCUCAGGAGAAAGCCAAGGAGAGCAGCAGGAGGAUCUUCAGUGGACCCAAACGGUCUCCUACUAAAGCUGUGUAUAAUGCAAGACACUGGAACCAACCAGAAACUGAAGAGCUGCCUCCUCCUCCUCCAUCUGCAUCACAGGCCGCUCCGGCCACUUCUGGUAGCAGUAAAGAGUCGAACUCGCACAAGGGAGACGAGGGUGUGUUCAAGACUCCGCCCCUGCCGCCAAAAGUUACCAAAUCGGUCACCGUGCCCACUGAGCCUUACCAGGACGUCGUCACUGCACUGAAAUGCCGGAAAGAGCACAAAGAGUUAUAUACAGUGGUGCAGCACGUAAAGCACUUCAACGAUGUGGUGGAGUUCGGAGAGAACCAGGAGUUCACGGACGACUUCGAGUACCUGGCAACAGGCCUCAAGAGCGGCCAGCCUCUCAACACUCGCUGCCUUAGUGUUAUAAGCCUGGCGACACGCUGCGCUCUUCCCAGCUUCCGCAUGCACCUGAGGGCCCGGGGCAAAGUGGCACAAGUCUUUAAGACCCUCAAUGAUGCCCCCCAGCACCCUAACCUCGCUCUAUGCACGGCAUCCCUGAUGUACAUCUUGAGUCGCGACCGUUUGAACAUGGACCUGGAUCGGGCCAGUCUGGAGCUGAUGAUUCGCCUGCUGGAGCUCGAGCAAGACAAAACAGCAGACAGCCAUCUUUCCGCCAAGGAGAUGAGCAAAGUGAAGGAGCGGAUCCGCAAGCUCUGCGAGACGGUGCACAACAAGCACCUUGACCUGGAGAACAUCACGACGGGGCAUCUGGCCAUGGAAACGCUGUUAUCACUAACAUCAAAAAGAGCGGGAGACUGGUUCAAAGAGGAGCUCCGGUUACUGGGAGGACUGGACCACAUCGUAGAUAAGGUGAAAGAGUGUGUGGAGAACCUGAGCUGCGAGGAUGAUAAGGAGAAUCUGGUGGCCUCACUGUGGGGUGCUGAGAGGUGUCUGCGCGUUCUGGAGAGUGUCACUGUGCACAACCCAGAGAACCAGGCCUACCUGAUUGCCUACAAAGACUCCCAACUCAUUGUCUCUUCGGCUAAGGCCCUGCGUCAUUGUGAGGAGAUGAUCCAGCGCUACAGCCGGGAUGUGAGCCGGAGCUCGUCAGGGUCAUCGCAGCCCCACUGCAGUGUGGGUAAAGCGGUGCAGGACUGCAUGAGAGCAGUCAUUGGCGUCUUGCUCAAUCUCACACAUGACAACGAAUGGGGAAGCACAAAAACGGGUGAGCAGGAUGACCUGAUCAUCACCGCACUGAACUGUGUGCUCAGAGUGCCUCAGUAUCUGCCACAGGAGCAGCGAUUCGACAUCAGAGUGCUGGGUUUGGGACUACUGAUCAACCUGGUGGAGUACAGUGCGAGGAAUAGACACUGUCUGGUGGAGAUGGAGAUGGAUGGAGGCGAACUCUGGGACUCCAUAUGUGUGUCAGACAAAGAGGAGCUGAACACAGAGGGCUCACUGAGUGCCAUUGCUGCUCUGGUGAAGCUGUUCCUCCAGCGUGAGCACGCCGCCGUCCUGGCUGAGGCAGAGACGGAUGACUUCAUCAACGACGUGCCCACAGAGGCAUUGGACCAGAGCGGGGAGUGGCAGGAGACGUCCGGUGAAAUCCAGUGGGUGGCGUCGGAGGACAAGGGCACAGAUGACCAGAAGAAGAAGAAAGAUGAAGAUGAAGAGGAGCUGGACCUCAACAAAGCUCUCCAGCAUGCAGGGAAGCACAUGGAAGACAGCAUCGUGGCCUCAUAUACUGCACUGCUUUUGGGCUGCCUCUGCCAGGGAAGUCCUAUGAACGUGAGUACUGUGCGAGAGAACCUUCCCAAAGGUGACUUCUCCAUAAUGACAGAAAUGCUGAAGAAGUUCCUAAAUUUCAUGAAUCUCACUUGUGAUGUGGGCACCACAGGCCAGAAGUCGAUCUCUCGGGUCAUCGAUUACCUCGAGCACUGCUAGUGUGUGAGCGGAGGUCCACACACACACACACACACACACACACAUUUACACAGAUCUACACACACCUGUCCAGACAGAGGAAUGCAGAGACCCACCAGCAGCUGGGCGUCAGCAGUCCUGUUCCUUGCUUUUGAAGAUCCCAAUCGUUGCUAUGCUCUGAUGAUGUCACGUCACAAAUCAGCCUUAGAGGAACACGCACGCUUUUUCAUUCAUUAAUCCGUCACUCACCUCGAUUUUCCGUCGGAAGCCGAACGAUACGACGCCGGUGUAGGAAUAAAUCUGAGCAGUUCCUCAGUUCAGGUCCAGGAUCAGGAAUUAAACCUGCAGUAAAUUCAGCAGGUUAGAGUUUUGCAUCCCUGAUAUUAGUCUCAAACCUGGCGCAGAAUGAGUACACGAAUCCGAGCACAUACGCGCUAAUCAUUACCGCGUGGCAGUGUGAAGUUACAUGACUAGCGACAGGAGGGCACGGUGUGCUCAGCUUAACCACAUAACACCUGGAAGAUCUUAUGCUGUGUCCCAAGUGCUCAGAUGAGGAAAACACACGGUUAGGAACAAGCCAAGUGCUCCGUUCAGCUCCUCUCAUCAUUUGUUUUUGUGUGGUUUUUUUUUUUUUUUUAAAUAUAUAUUAAAUAAUUUAUUUGGAUUUAAGGGCGCUGCAUGAUAAAAAGUGAAUGUCAGUAUAAAGCCCUUAAAAUUUAUAACUUUAUUAUUAUUGCCCCAUGCCCGCUUUCCUAACAGACACCUUCACAACACGCCUCCAGUUCCAGUUCUGUGUGUUAAUGUUUUUCCCUUUCCCUCUUCACACUUUCACACAAAUCCAUGAUGCGUUUAUUCCUUCUGUGAUAACAUUGGAAAUGAAUUCUCCAUCUAGAUGUACAGAAAAAGACAUACAAGGUGUUUUUAUUAUUAUUAUUAUUAUUAUUAUUAUUUACUUUAGAAUCGAUGCGUAUUAUCAAAACGUGUGUUUACUUUUUGUUGCCUGCUGCAAACCUUUUUUUUGUUGGUCGUUUGUCCCUCUACAGAAACGUGUGUGUGUGUGUGUGUAUGUGUGUGUUCUGUUAGGGCUGUUCAGUGCGCUAAUCAUCGCUGUUCUCUUAACUCUGGAAAUGAAUGGAACCACACAGAUGUACAUAUUUCUGUAAAUAUUGGCUCUUGGAAAUCUAGAAUGAUAGACUACUUUUCAGAAUCGAACCUUAUUUUUAUUUUAUACAGCUUUUUUUUUUGUUUGUUGUUUUUGUUUUUUAUUUUUGUUUCUGGUUUUUUUGUUUUUGUCUUUUUGGUUUUUUUUUUUCCUCUCAGUUUUGUUGAGGUCAAAUUUAAGCUGCGUCCAAAAGCCAACCACAGGAUCCUGGACACUUUGUACCAAUUUCAAAAAUAAUGCCUUUGAUUACUUGUAUAUAAUUUUAACUUGAAUAAAAAGUUGUUACUUUCA